AUGGGAACAAAAGUGCAUUGCAAAAGCUACUUGCCGGGAUAUUACUCCAUGAGGGACCUUAACGAGGAUUCUAGCAGUAGUAGCUGGCCGCUGUUUUAUGGCGACGAGAACUUAACAAGUGGGCAAUAUUACAAUGGUUUCAUGCCAAGGACUAUAACAGAUCGAUGUCUAGAACAUGAUAAGGAUGCAUUAAAGCAGAAAAUGCUAGAACAUGAGACAAUCUUCAAGAAUCAGGUUCAUGAGCUCCACCGUCUUUACAGAAUUCAAAGGGAUAUGAUGGAAGAAAUCAAAAGAAAGGAACUACACAAACAUCAGGCUUCCAUUGAACCAUCAUCGUCAUCAAAUCUUCAGGGAUCUCAGAUGCCAACAAAAGAUGCUCGAGAUUGGCAUAUGCAAGGCAUUUCUUUGUUGAAUUCUGGUUAUGGUAGAGUAUCAAUGUCAAGAUUUGAAAUUGUUAAUUCUCCUGUGAGUUGUACAAAAGGGAACGACACACAGGCUGGUCCUUUUCAGUUCCAAGAUGGGUGUACUUCAAAGGAUUCUGAUGCAUUAGAUUCUAGACCCUCCAAGGUGAGGAAGAAGUUAUUUGAUCUUGAACUUCCGGCCGAUGAGUACAUGCAUACAGAAGAAGGGGAACAGUUACCGGACCAAAAAGUAUCCGGAAUGUUGAGUUACGUUUCUAAUGGAGAUCCAAAAAUAGAACCCCAGAGCAGUAUGAAGAUUUCCCUUGGUGAUGGUGGGAUGACUGAUUUCCGUAGAGACGUUUCAGCUUCAGGUUCCCAUUUAAGGGGCUCUGCUGGGUUGGCUGAUCUAAACGAACCCAUUCAGAUUGAAGAAGUAACAGCUCCAUCAUCAAUUGGUUUUAUUGGUAAUACUGCCAGCUGUGGAGCGACUAAAGGUAUAAAUCAGUUUGCUAAAGGAAAUCCAGGAGUUUUUGGUGUACCAGGAGAAACCAUACAUUCCCAUAAUGGAUCUUUGAUAAAUUCAUCUAUUGAGAGUAAGGGCAACGAGAGGGGGUGGCUCUCCCAUAUAUAUGAAGCAGGGACCAGUAAAUAUAACCCAACUUCUGUAACUCAAGGGCUCCAACAAAAUAAAUCGCCGAUACCUUGUCAGUCAGCACAGGUCAUGCUCAACCAGGUUCACCAUCGUCCAGGAAUAUAUCCAACAGUUUAUAGUAGAGAAGAUCUGUGGAGAGAUGAACCCAACCGUGAUCACUCCAGUUAUAGCAAUUUAGAACCAAAUGCGGCUUCACAUACCCGUGGGCCAUACCCGUCGAUUAAUUCUACAGGGUUUGCCAAUUUAUGGUCUCACUCCAUCUCGUCUUGGACAAAGCCAACAAAUAGCUCUACUCAAAAGUUGACCACAUUUCAACCAUCUUCCAGUUCAGCUUCAGGUUUGCAUCCGUAUGCGCAGAGCCAGGAAACUUUUGGAGACAAGUGGAAGGUCAAUGUUAGUUCUAGGUUGAAUCUGGGUUCUGGAAAUGAUUUAACAAAACGUAACGGAUUUCAUCACGGGUCUACCUCAGGAUCCAAAGAAUUGCCGGGCUUUGAUUAUCUUAACUGCAGUAGGGAUAAUAAAGUAACAUCUGACCGUUCAACUAAUCCGGGGUUCGCGAAGUUUCUGAGUGGCUCCAGCCAUGUAGAUCUAAAACCUGCAAUAGAUAUUAACUUGAACGAGUUACUUCCGAAGAACUCAUCAAGUGAGGCAGUUCCUCUGCAUGAUCCCACGGAUGGAAAAAUAAUGCCUGAUGACCAACAGAUGGCUUUGCCUUGGCUUAAACCCAAGCCGGCAUAUAAAAAUGAGGUUGUGAAUACUAGGGGAUCAGAACUCUCGGGGGACUUGGGCUGCUUCCAAGCUUCUUCCCGUUGCAAGACUGAAGUAGUGAGUGAUCUUAAUCAAAUGUUCAUGCCAAACAUCAUGUUGGCUCCUAGUGAUCUCGAGAAUGGGGCUAAAAAUAAAAUAAGCGAGACUCAGAAUGUCAAGAAAAUUUUCGGGUUUCCCAUUUUUGAGCCCAAUGCUCGUAACAUUGAGUCAUCAGACCGUGUUUCCACCUUGACAACUCUUGAUUCCCCUCCCGAAGGGAAAAGGGUCAAAGAUGGAAGGAAAAACAGAAUGAUUGACAUUAAUCUUGCUUGUGAGUCUGAUGAGCCGAUUACUACAGAAGAACUGAUUGCGGAGAAGGAAAUGCGUACAGAAGCUACAGGUAUCAGACAUCACAUUGAUUUGAACUCUUCAAUUAGUGAGGAUGAAGAUCCACCAGCACCCUCUACUGCAAGCAACAAUGGUUGUGUGAAGAUAAUCUUGGACAUAGAUCUGGAAGUCCCUGUUCUUCUGGACAGUGAGGAUGAUAAUACACCGUCCAAUGAAAAUAUACAACAUGAGGCCUCAUUACAGCCACUGGAACAUGAACCCGGAAAAAUACAGGAUGAAGUUCUUAGGAAUGCUGCAGAAACAAUAUUUUCUAUCUCAACAUCUUGUCAUCGAAUUCCCAUGGACGAUGGCAUUUGCCAUCCAUCUGAUACAUCCUAUUCAGAUUCUCUCAUCUGGUUUGUCAAUGUUGUAUCAUCACUUGCAGACGAGCUUCAGAGUAAAUCUGGCGAAGAAUCAAGAGUUGGGGAUCCUGCACCAUUUUGUGAGAAGAUGGACGAGUUUGAGGCUAUGGCAUUGCAACUAACAGAGACAAAAGAAGAAGACUACAUGCCUAAACCCUUUGUUCCUGAAAUCGAAAAAGUGGAAGAAAUGGGAGCCGGUUCAAAUAGAACUCGAAGGAAUCAGACAAGGAGAGGAAGGCAGCGGAGGGACUUUAAAAGGGAUAUCCUUCCUGGUUUGACCUCACUCUCCAGGCAUGAGGUGACUGAGGACCUCCAGGCAUUUGGUGGGUUGAUGAGAGCCACAGGCCAUUCUUGGAAUUCAGGCUUGACAAGAAGGAAUGGCACAAGAUAUGGGGGUGCUCGGGGAAGGCGCCGUACAGUGAUUGAAUCUUCCCCUACUGCUAUUUCAAGCCCAGUUAGCAUUCCAUUGAAGCAGCAACUAAGUAAUAUUGAAGCUCGUUUGGAGGACGGAAGCCUAACAGGCUGGGGGAAAACAACUAGACGGCCCCGCAGACAAAGAUGCCCUUCUGGUAAUCUUCCAACUAUUGCAUCAACUUGA